AGAGGGACCGAGGGACUCUUCAUACUGAAGAGGAAAGGGGCCUUUCUCUAUAUCAGCAUCUCAGCAUUUAGCCAUGGAGAUACUGGCUAGAUUUAGAUGAAAUAAACAUGGCUGCUCAUGAUGUGGCCUCUGUUGACCCACUACUCUCUACAUAUCUGAGCUUAGUCAACUACCACCAGUAAUAACUGGAUCCAUCAGAAUCAUGAAGGUGGUGAGGGUCUUCUGAGCUGGUGAGGUGACUCGCAGCCCACGCAGACAGCCAACAAGCUCCAGCCUUCGGCAAAGUGGUCAAUCUGGUGAAACUUGGGUUUUGGCACGCCUAUCGACAGCAUGAAUGCUCCCAGAAUGGAUGGGCAAGCUGAGCUGGAGAGAGCAGACCCCGGGCUGCAGAUUCCCAUCCUCAUCCACAGGCAAGCUCCACCUCAGAAAAGCCUUCGAGAGACGGCCAAAGCCAAACUGAGGAGGAGCUGCUCCCUGACCCCUGCCAGGUUGAAGGAUGCUGUUUGGGGCUUCUUCCCUGUGAUAGGCUGGCUUCCUAAGUACCGCUUCAAAGACUACAUCGUGGGUGACAUCAUGUCUGGCCUUGUCAUUGGGGUCAUCUUGGUCCCUCAGGCCAUUGCCUAUUCCCUGCUUGCAGGCCUAAAGCCCAUCUAUAGCCUCUACACAUCCUUCUUUGCCAACAUCAUCUACUUUCUAAUGGGCACCUCCCGGCACGUGUCCGUGGGCAUCUUCAGCCUGCUCUGCCUCAUGGUGGGACAAGUGGUAGACAGAGAAUUACAGCUGGCUGGAUUUGACCUGAAUGAAGACAUCUCCCCAGCCAGUGGAAAUGGCAGCAACAAGACCUUCCCAGGUUCUGACCUGCCUCUGGGGGGCUUGGGUCCAGAAUGUGGGAAGGAAUGUUAUGCGAUCAGCAUUGCCACAGCCUUGACUUUCCUGGCAGGGGUCUAUCAGGUCCUCAUGGGACUUUUUCGGCUUGGUUUUGUCUCCACGUAUCUCUCACAACCUCUUCUGGAUGGGUUUGCAACAGGGGCUUCCUUAACAAUCUUAACCUCUCAAGUCAAACACCUCUUUGGAAUAAAGAUCCCCCGUCACCAGGGAUAUGGGAUGUUUCUUGCCACGUGGGUGAACAUGAUUCAAAACAUCACCCAGGCAAACAUCUGUGAUGUCAUCACCAGUGCCAUCUGCCUGACAGUGCUGGUGGCCACCAAGGAGCUAGCAGACAAGUACAAGAAAAAGAUUAAGAUUCCUCUACCAACAGAGCUGGUUGUCAUUGUCGCUGCCACUCUGGUGUCUCACUUUGGGAAUCUCCAUGAGCGCUUUGGGUCCAGCAUCUCUGGGGACAUUCCAACUGGGUUCAUCCCCCCAAAGGCGCCUGACUUUGGUCUGAUGCACCGGGUAGCCCUGGAUGCUGUGCCCAUAGCUGUUAUUGGCUUUGCCUUCACGGUCUCGCUCUCAGAGAUGUUUGCCAAGAACUAUGGCUAUACCAUCAAGGCCAACCAAGAAAUGUUUGCAGUUGGCUUCUGCAACAUCAUCCCAUCUUUCUUCCACUCCUUCACCACCAGUGCAGCCUUGGCUAAAAGCCUAGUCAAGACCUCCACGGGAUGCCACACCCAAGUGUCCAGUGUGGUCAGUGCCGCUGUGGUAUUGUUGGUGCUACUGUUCCUGGCUCCACUGUUCUACUCCUUACAGAAAUCUGUCCUGGCCUGCAUCAUCAUCGUCAGCUUGAAGGGGGCUCUGUGGAAGUUCAGAGAUGUGCCCAGACAGUACCGUGUGAACAAAAUGGAUGCUUUAAUAUGGUGUGUCACCAUGGCCUCUUGUGCCCUCAUCAGCACUGAAAUUGGACUCCUCGUCGGUGUCCUCUUCUCCGUGCUCUGUGUCGUGGGCCGCACACAGCAUCCGCAUGUGGCCUUGCUCGGCCAGAUUGAGAACACUGUUUACUACGAGGACACCAGACAAUAUGAAAACCUUCUCCCUGUCCCCAAGAUCAAGAUAUUUCGGUUUGAGGCCCCUCUCUACUAUGCAAACAAAGACUUCUUCCUGAAAUCCCUCUGCAAGAUGACAGGCCUCAACCCCACAUUAGAAGCAGCCAAGAGAAAAAAGCCUAUUGUGGAUGGGAGGCAUGUGGAAAAGGGAGUUAGUAGAGAACUGGGCCAAGCUGAGACGAGCUGUCACCUGGUCCCAAAACAGAGCGAAUUUCACACCAUCAUCAUUGACUGCUCCUCAGUGCUAUUCCUAGACACUGCAGGCAUCAACACACUUAAAAACAUACGGAAAGAUUACAGGGCUGUGAACAUCACCAUCCUCCUUGCAGGCUGCAACCCAUCUGUGGCAGACUCCCUGAAGAGAGGGGGCUACUUUGGCAAUGAUGACCCAAGCGGGAAGGAAUUACUGUUCUACAGCGUGCAUGGGGCAGUACGGUUUGUCCGGGCCAGGGAGCAAGUGAUGGACUCCACCCUCUAGGGCUCAGACCCUGGACAGCCAGCCCUCUGAGACAACAGGGGAACACUCCCAUACAAAGCCUCAAGCUGGGGAGGGCCAGAGGCAGCCUGGGGAUCCCUGCUUUGGAAGCAAACAUUGCCAAGGGUUCAAAUCCCAGCUCUGCUACUCACAAAGCUGGGCAGCCUUGUAUUGGCCCCCUCCUAUGUAAAAUGAAGGAUUAGACUAGAUCAUUCCCAUGGUCCUUUUUAGCUCUCAAUGCUCUAUGGCUAGAAAGGUUAGGGUUUUUUGUUUUGUUUUUAUUUGUGGGGCUAUGAGGGUUGAGUGACUUACCCAGGGUCACACAGCUAGUGUCAAGUGUAUGAGGCCAAAUUUUAACUCAGGUCCUUCUGAAUCCAGGGCCAGUGCUUUACCACUGUGCCACCUAGCUGCCCCUAAGGUUAGUGGGUUUUUUGGGAAAAAAAUAUUCUAACCAUUAUUGGACAUCUGCUUUCUAUUAUCUAAAAAGAGAACAAUAGGCUGAGGUCUGUCAGCCUGGGGCUUUCCCUCCUGGGUCAGAGACACCAAGGAAGAGGAGGUGAACAAUCAUCACUGUUUCUGCAGAAAGACACCACACCCAAGUGCGUCUUACAGCUAUACUGUGUAUCUAUCUGCACACGGCACUGUCUGUCCUUGGCCAGCCCAGGCCUCUGUACACAGUAGGUGCUUAAUAAAGGCUUGUUGAAUGAAUGAAUGUAUUUUCAGCUUGGGUGGGACGAAAAAGAAUCUCUUGCAACUCAGCAAUUUUGUGAUUCUCUGAAGGCCACAAUGUAGUUAUCGGUAUGUUUCUCUAACAGGACUGUGUUGGGGAGGGCAAAGAGACAAUGGCCAAUGUGCAAAUAUUCAAAAAUGCAAAUACUUCCCCUCCCCCCCCAUGCCCAUGCUCUCAUAAACUUCUAAAACCUCUUGUCGUUCACACAGACAGCCCACUGCACUUCCCUCCCUCUCCUUCGCAUCCCCACACACACAAUACCCCCAUCCUUGAAGCCCCACCCUUCCCACCUCUUCCUGUCACAGCACACCCACCCCUCUCCACACAUUUUUGUGCUUGUCCUUGGCAGUGGGUAUAGAAGAGAGAGUGCUGGACUUUAAGUCAAAAGAACUGGAUUCAAAUUCCGGUUCUGACACUUACUAACUGGUAACUGGGGCAGGCUGCUUUAACUCUUUGGGUAUGGGUUUGUUAAUCUGGAUAAUGGGGAGAGUGAUGCUCACACAGCCUACCUCACAGGGCUGUUGUGGGGAAAGUGAGUUGUAAACCUUAAAAAGCUGAUGUGAUCGUUGUUUUUGUCACUGUGGUUAUUAGAGACUAUGGGCUAAGUACUGAGCUGCACAGGGAGAAUCAAACAGACUGUGCCUGUUGGCUUCUCAAGAAGGAACCAUGAAGAAAGAAUAAAAUUUGAAGGAAAGCUGCAGGUUUCCCCUUCUCAUGGCUUCUUGAAACUGGAGAAUCUCUGAAAGGAUCCCUCCACUUUUUUUUUUUUAAACGGGGCAAUGGGGUUAAGUGACUUGCCCAGGGUCACACAGCCAGUAAGUGUCAAGUGUCUGAGGUCGGAUUUGAACUCAGGAACUCCUGAAUCCAGGGACGGUGCUUUAUCCACUGCGCCACCUAGCUGCCCCUGGAUCCCUCCACUUUUCUCUAUCUGUAGUAAACCCCAGAGGGCUAUGGGCAGUAUUUGAGCCCCAUGGCUCAACUGCCUUGCCUCUCCGAUAGUGU